AAAAUAAAAAUAAAAAAAUAAAUUUAUAAUGUCUUCCAUCAACCAACAAGGUUCGAUGGAUCUGGAAAUGGGGCUACCUCCGGUCCCACAUCCAAUUUCGAACAUGAAUUACGCCGGCGAGCCAUCAUCGUCGCCGUCGCCACGAGCACCGGCACUUGUGGUGUCACAUUCAAGCAAAGCUUUGAUUCCAUCAAAUUCAGGGAAAGCCCUGUUUGUGUCAAAUUCAGGGAAAGCAUUACUUUUAUCGAAUUCAGGGAAAAGGAUGGAUCCAACAGGGAAGAAAAAGUAUGUGAAGCAGGUGACAGGGCGACACAACGACACGGAACUGCAUCUCGCGGCUCAGCGUGGGGAUGUGGGUGCUGUGAGGGAUAUAUUAGGGGAAAUUGAUGCACAGAUGUUGAAAACCAUGAGCGGGGCGGAGUUUGAUGCAGAGGUUGCUGAGAUAAGGGAAGCAAUGGUGAAUGAGGUAAAUGAAUUAGGCGAAACGGCGUUGUUUACUGCUGCUGAAAGGGGAUAUAUUGAUGUUGUUAAGGAGUUGCUGCCUUAUAGUACAAAGGAAGGGAUCACAACGAAGAAUCGUUCUGGUCUUGAUCCCUUGCACAUUGCUGCUAAUCAAGGUCAUCAAGCUAUUGUUAAGUUACUGUUGGAGCAUGAGCCAGAGUUGAGCAAGACAGUUGCUCAAUCAAAUGCAACUCCUCUUGUAUCUGCAGCCACAAAAGGGCAUACAUCAGUUGUCCAUGAAUUGCUUUCCAAGGAUUCUAGCUUGUUAGAGAUAUCAAGAUCUAAUGGAAAAAACGCGUUACAUUUGUCUGCACGCCAAGGCCACGUGGAUAUUGUUCAAGCAUUGCUGGAAAAGGAUCCACAACUGGCAAGAAGAACUGAUAAGAAAGGACAGACUGCUCUACACAUGGCAGUAAAAGGCGUUAGCUCCGAAGUGGUGAAGUUGCUUCUGCAAGCAGAUCCAGCUAUUGUAAUGCUUCCGGAUAAGUUUGGCAAUACUGCAUUACAUAUUGCCACGCGGAAAAAGCGGUCAGAGAUAGUGCAAGAACUCUUGAUGCUCGACGACACAAAUGUCAAUGCAUUGACAAGAGAACACAAAACAGCUCUAGACAUAGCUGAAGGUCUUCCUAUGUCUGAAGAAUCGACAGAACUAAAAGAGUGCUUAACACGUUAUGGUGCUUGUAGAGCCAAUGAAUUGAAUCAGCCGCGAGAUGAGCUUAGGAAGACUGUGACAGAAAUUAAGAAAAAUGUUCACUCCCAGCUUGAACAAGCUCGAAAGACUAACAAGAACAUGACUGGUAUUGCAAAGGAGCUGCAAAAGCUCCACAGAGAAGGAAUUAACACUGCUACCAAUUCUGUAACUAUUGUUGCCUCUCUUUUCGCAACAGUAGCUUUUGCUGCUAUAUUCACAGUUCCUGGUGGUGAUCUUGAUUCUGGAUACGCUGUGGCGUCCAACACCCCUGCAUUUAAGAUCUUCUAUAUCACGAAUGCUCUUGCACUCUUCACGUCCUUGGCUGUCGUGGUUGUACAAAUCACAGUAGUCAGGGGUGAGACAAAAUCAGAAAAAAGGGUUAUUGGAGUGAUUAACAAACUCAUGUGGUUGGCCGCGGUUUUCACUAAUCUGGCCUUUGUAUCUGCUUCUUAUGUAGUUAUUGGAAAGCGUAAUAUAUGGGCUGCAAUUUUUGUUACAGUUGUAGCAGGGAUCAUAAUGGCAGGGGUUUUAGGUGCCAUGACUUAUUAUGUUGUGAAGUCUAAAAGAACUCGCAAACUCAGGAAGAGGGAGAAGUUUACAAGGACUAGAACCAACUCAUUUCACACGGAAUUAUCCGAUUCAGAUUUAAAUCCAAUGUUUGCUCUCUGAUUCAAGCUAUAGUGGUUUCAGAGUAUGUGUGUAUGUGUGUGUCAUCUCAGACAAGAUACGAAGAACACUGAUCGGU